AUGUCAGCCCUACCCGAUGGAGGUGAGAAACAACAACGCCUAAAAAGUCUGAAUCACAUGGUAGAUUACUGUAUGAUUCCUUCAUGCAGGAAGUCACAACUUGUGAGAUACUUUGAUGGUGCAUCUUCCUCUAGUUGUAAUGAGAGAUGUGAUGUUUGCAAACAAUCUCCAAAUCCUCCACUAAACGGAACUGAACAUGCAAGGUCUGUUGUGGCAUGUGUGCAGUCGAUGAUUAAAAUUGAUUCAAAUGUUAGUGUUAAAUAUUUGGCACUGACAUAUCGGGGAUCGAGAUCGAAGGAAAUUGUAAAUGAAGGUUACGUAAAUGCACAGAAUCAUGGGAGUGGUUCUAAAGACUUUAAUAGUAAAACAAUGUACAAAUUUAUUCAUUUAUUGAUUACUGGUGGCAUUUUACAAGAGAAACUAAGAACUGUCUCAGACACUAAAACGACACCACUCCUUGUUCUUGGUGAAAAAGCAUCACAAGUUUUAGAAAGGGAUUUUAAAUUUGUGUACUACAAAUAGUUAUGUAAUGAACUACAAAUAGCUUUAACGAUUCCUCACGGGAUUAUAGCCUGUUUACAUUAUAAGUGUACCCGUGGAAAAUAUGGAAAAACAGGCAAUUGGCUAAUCCCUGUAAAUCUCUCUAUUGUUGUAAUACUAUCUCUUUCAAUUAUGACAAUCAUGCACUGUCAAUGCUUUCGUUAUCAGACUGUUCAGAAACACAUACAUUAAAUUUUUCAUACAACAUUCGAGAAAACUGUUGCUUUACUUUCAAUUUGCCUUUCGAAUAAACAUCAAUCAGUGACUGUUGAACAUUACCCUCACAAUUUCCCUCUUUGGUCAUCUUAUGUAUGACAUCAUCACUGGCAUCAUCAGAGAUAACGUUCUCCUUCAAGCAAAACCACAUCGCCUUUAGUUGAUCAAGGAUAGGGUCUUGCUCUUUGUGGCGGGACGUAGGGUGAACAUCAAAUGCACUAGGGCUGGAAUACGCUGCUCGUAUUGUGCUGAAUGCCUCAAUAUUAACCAUCAACCGUUUCAGCAUGUUGAUGCUUGAGUGACCUG